UUUCGAUCGUGAAAGAUGAAUUCGAGUGGUAUAUUCAACAGUGCCGUGAGAAUUAAGGAGGAACCUUGCGAUGAGUGGCCCGAAAAUGAUAAUAAAUCAAUUGACCAAACGCCUGAUACCAAAAAUUUUCUAAAUUUAACGUUUCUGCAAAAGAAUUCAACCCAAAUGCCUCAAGAAUAUGACGAUAAUCAUGGAAAUGAACCCAAUGACGAUAUGGAAAUUGUUUUUGAAUGCGAAGAAAUGAAGCCCACAAUUAAUUUAAUGGAAGCUGAAACUCAACACAUAAUUAAAACAGAAACCAUAAAGGAAGUGAAGAAGGAAAGUUUUGGCGGCGUCGGAGAAGUAUUGAAUUUUGACUGUGAACCUGGCACACAAAAUAAAAAAAGGAGAAUUACAAAAAAGUCUAACUAUGAACAUAAACUCAAAACGCACAUCAGUACAUUGCUUAAUGAUGUCACCUACAAUUGUGACGUAUGUGGAAAAUGUUUUGGGUAACCUUAAACGUCACAUCGAUGCAAAACAUAAAAGAAUCACUCACGCAUGUAACGUGUGCGGUAAGUCAUUUUUACAGAAAGGUUAUCUCAAACGUCACAUCAAUGCAGAGCACGAAAAAAUCAGUCACGCAUGUGAUGUAUGGGGCAAGACAUUUACUUCGAAAGGUAGUCAAACUCCACAUCGAUGUGAUACAUAAUGGUAACAAGCUUAGUUGCAAUAUAUGUGGAAAAAAUUUUGGAUUUAAGAGUAAUCUUAAAGAUCACAUCGAUUCUGUGCACAAUAAAAUCAUACAUACAUGCGAUGUUUGCCGAAAAAAUUCACAUACAAAUCUGCUCUCAAAAAGCACAUCAAUGGGAUACAUAUUGGCGUCACAUAUGCAUGUGAUACAUGCGAAAAGUCUUUCAAACGAAAGGAUCAUCUGAAAUGCCAUGUUGACUCGAUACAUAAUGGUAUCAGUCAUACAUCUGAUAUUUGUAAAAAAAAUUUCACAAAGAAGGUUAAUCUCAAAACCCAUAUCAAUUC